GAUUUCGGGCGAUUAGGGCUAUAUGAAAAUAUCCCCCACCAUCGAGAAUUUACGGCUUAUUCCUCUCUCAGCACCAACUUUCCAAACUUCAACACUCAAGUCGUCGUUGAGCAAAUACCGUCAAGAUGGUUUUCCACAAGUUGGUGAAGAACAGCGCGUACUACAGCCGCUACCAGACCAAGUACAAGCGCCGCCAGCAGGGCAAGACCGAUUACUACGCCCGAAAGCGCCUCAUCACCCAGGCCAAGAACAAGUACAAUGCUCCCAAGUACCGCCUGGUCGUCCGCUUCACCAACAAGGACAUCAUCUGCCAGAUCGUGACCUCUGAGAUCUCUGGCGACAAGGUCUUCGUCUCUGCCUACUCGCACGAGCUCAAGGCCUACGGUAUCGAGCACGGUCUCACCAACUGGGCCGCCGCUUACGCUACCGGUCUCCUCAUCGCCCGCCGUGCCCUCAAGAAGCUUGGCCUCGACGAGGACUUCACUGGUGUCGAGGAGGCUGACGGUGAGUUCAAGCUCACUGAGGCCGCCGAGACCGAUGAUGGCGAGCGCCGCCCCUUCAAGGUCUUCCUCGAUGUUGGUCUGAAGCGAACCUCCACUGGUGCCCGUGUCUUCGGUGCCAUGAAGGGCGCCUCUGACGGUGGUAUCCUUGUCCCCCACUCCGAGAAGCGAUUCCCCGGUUACGACAUGGAGACCAAGGAGCUCGAUGCUGACACCCUCCGAAACUACAUCUUCGGUGGCCACGUCGCUGAGUACAUGGAGACCCUCGCCGACGACGAUGAGGAGCGAUUCCGCAGUCAGUUCCAGAAGUACGUCGACGACGACGUCGAGGCUGAGGGUCUUGAGGACCUCUACACUGAGGCUCACGCCGCCAUCCGUGAGGACCCCUUCAAGAAGGCCGAGAGCGAUGCUCCCAAGAAGACCAAGGAGGAGUGGAAGGAGAUCUCCAAGAAGUACAAGACCAAGAAGCUCACCAAGGAGGAGAAGGAGCAGCGCGUACAGGAGCGUAUCCAGGAGCUUCUCCAGCAGGAGUAAAAAGUUGCUUUAUCUCAUCAGGUCAUGGGCAUUUGAGGAUUGUUAACCUUGGCAUUGGGUUUGGAGUUUCGAGGAAAGGAAAGGUCCGUAAACAGGAUCACAUGAAUGAAUUACCAAAAAGAUACCUUCCAGCCAAAUUCCAUAGUUGUGGUGAACGGGCAUCUCAUUACUCCAACUGUUUAAUGCUUGCCAUGCGUAGUCCUUGUGUUUUAUGUGUGCGCGUGUGUGCGAAAAUCGAGAGGAACCCUUACUUACCCUUGGCGGGCCUAGCGUGGCAGCUGCAGGAUUAGUGUGAGUCUUAUUUUCAGGGCUGAAUCUUGGCCAUGAACCUCAGCACUCCGAUCCAGUUGAGAGGGCUCUUGUGGUUAUACGACAUGGUCAGCACUUGAUAUGACUGUCAGCAAUUGGCGUUAUUGCGUAUCACUUAGUACCAUUGACAGAAUUGACAACCGAAGAAGAUAAUGGAACCCAUCCGAUUUCCGUGUAAUAAUCUUGUGAAGUUCCGAAGUUAAUGUCUAAUAGAGUUGAUACCGGUAAGCCGUUGGCCGUAUUAGGUUCCUUCCGGAUAUCUCGGAUUUCCUAUAUGUAUAAUAUCGCACUUAUUGAGGUAUACGGAAUUUGAUUCUGAAGAAAACUAGACUGACUGACUGCUCGAUUGCUCGGAAAAGAGCCCAAAAUCAGAGAUGUCUGUUCGGAAAUGGUCAUGAUGUGGUAAAUACACUAGACCCGGCCAUGCUGGUUGAGAUUCAAUAACAGCGGGCUGAGCAGUAUUUCGAGAGAGUCAUCUCACCUCCUCGUGAAUCGCAAAUUGGGGGCCCGCCUUUCGCUCUCGGAGAAGGUCAUGAUUCCGCGGCCGAGAGCAUCAUUCAGUCUAUUCCAGUCUGUGCGAAUAGUGACGAUUUUGGUCAAUGUGGCGCGUGCUGAGUGUGUGAGAGGGGGUCGGACGUAACGUUAUAGAAACUCCCGUCGCAGUUGGUGUCGGAUCGGAUGGACCCGGUGGGUUCCUCAACUGAUGCAAUCGAGGGAAAUGAAGAUCGGAUAUAUCCUACGAUGUCAACCCUGCUCUACAGCACAGCAAAUGUCUGAAGACGACUGCCGCGUGUGAGGAAAAGAGAGACUGGCACACG